UCUGGCCGAACGAAGCAUGAGCAUGUCUUGUGUAACGCCUGACGUCCGCCCCCUCCCUAAUACCGAAAGAGUACGGCAUGCAGUGUUCCGCCCUCGCCGGACGCAAGCAACCGGGAGCGGGAGAGACGAAGAGAGAGGUGUAAAUGAAUGAUAGGCCAGUCGGUUAUUGCGACUCCUCCAUCGCACAAGAAGGCACAAUUACACUCCGAAGAUACUCACAAAGGAAUGGUCGAGUGGAGAUGGAUGUGGGGUGGCGUUCUUUGUGGGUUACCCUUUCUUUACUUCUUCUCGCAAGCCUCACGAUCUGUGAACCCAUGACAUGGCAGACAGAGACAGGGGAUGGGAAAUCGGGUUUGGGGAGAUCCAGAGCGGCGGUGGGGUGGCGCGUAAUGUGUAGGUAAUGUACAAGGUAUGCCGCCGGGUGGCGAAA